GUUUUGUAUGACGUCAUCCAGGAAGUGAAGCACUGAAACACACAAGGUGCUUCAUAGUGAAGUUAUUAUUGAAGAACAUUUUGCUGGAUAAGGAUCAGAUCGAGUAACAGGAUGAACAUGAUUACGUUCUUUAUCGUGGGUCUCCUGGUCCAUGUGGUUUUCUUCAUCUCCAUAUUUGACAUCUACUUCACAUCACCUUUGGUCCAUGGGAUGAGUCCUCAGCGUGUCCCCUUACCGUCACCUGCCAAGCGCCUGGUGCUGUUUGUGGCAGACGGAUUGAGAGCAGACAGCAUCUUUAAGUUUGAUCCCAGUGACCCCAUCAGGGUGCCUUUUAUAAGGAGUGUAAUUACGGAGAGCGGUUCAUGGGGAGUGUCUCACACACGUGUACCGACAGAAUCCCGGCCUGGACACGUUGCACUUAUAGCAGGCUUUUAUGAGGACGUCAGUGCUGUGGCUAAAGGCUGGAAGGAGAAUCCAGUGGAGUUUGACUCAGUGUUUAAUGAAAGCAGGUACACAUGGUGCUGGGGAAGUCCUGACAUCCUGCCCAUGUUUGCUAAAGGAGCGAGUGGAGAUCAUGUGUACACACACACUUAUCCCUCUGCGAUGGAGGACUUUGCCUCAAAGGACGCUUCCAAGCUGGACACCUGGGUGUUCGAUCAGGUGAAGGAUUUCCUGAGGUCUGCAAAAGAAAAUAAAACCCUUAUGUCCCAUCUGCAUGAAGAUAAGAUUGUGUUUUUCCUUCAUCUUCUGGGAAUUGACACAAACGGACAUGCCCACCGGCCCAUGUCAAAGGAGUAUCUGGAAAACAUUGAGCUGGUUGACAAUGGAGUAGCUGAGAUUGUUUCUGUGUUCGAGGAGUUUUUUGAGAACGAUGGGAGAACAGCGUACGUUUUCACAGCUGAUCACGGCAUGACAAACUGGGGAUCUCAUGGAGCCAGUCAUCCAUCAGAGACUCUCACUCCCUUGGUGGCUUGGGGGGCCGGCAUUCAGAGAGCUCAGAGAACCUUCACUUUUCAGAAUUAUGAUGAUGAUUACAUCAGAGACUGGGGGCUGGAGACCUACAGGAGGAUGGAUGUUAACCAGGCUGAUAUUGCACCGCUCAUGUCCUCUCUCAUCGGGGUUCCCAUUCCACUCAACUCAGUGGGGGUCCUGCCACUGGAUUACCUCAAUAACAGCCAGCAUUUUAAAGCUGAAAGCAUGUAUGCAAAUGCAAUACAAAUCCUUGAACAAUUCAAGGUAAAAAUGACGCAGAAAAAGGAGACCACAUUGUCAUUUCUCUUCACACCAUACCAACCUCUGACUGAUUCUCAAAUGUUCGAGUUUAUGAGUCACACAAGAUCACUAAUCCAGAAAGGCCACUUUGAUGAAGCUAUUCACGAGUGUGAGGUUCUGAUUCAUCGAGCCAUGGAGGGAUUAUCUUACUACCACACCUACGACCGCUUUUUCCUGGGCUGCAGCGUCGUCCUGGGUUUCAUUGGGUGGACGUCUUACGUGCUUUUGGUGAUUCUGAAGACUCACGCCAGCCUCCGCAAACCACCCACAAGCAAAGACGCGACUGCAGGAAGACAUCUGGGCCUGUUGUUUUUGUUUGUGGGCCUGCUUGUGUGUCUCUUCUUGUUUCUGCAGGCCAGUUCCUACACCUACUACAUCUACUGCCUCCUGCCUGUACCUGUGUGGUACAGCGUCCUGAAAGAAUUCAGGAUCCUUAUCGAGUUUGCGAGAUCAGUUCCUUCCCUGCCGCUGAGCAGAUGCUUUGGAUAUUUUGUUCUUUUAACAUUUGGGAUAGAGCUACUGGUUGUGAGUUUCUUCUAUCGGGCGAUGUUGACUUUGGGACUGGUGGCUCUGGCGCUGUGGCCUGUUGUUUCGGGGCUUUAUAGAAAAACCAAGUCCAGGUCACUCAGAUGGGUGCUGAGCUGCUUGUGUCUUUCAGUGUUUCCUCUGCUGCCUGUUGUUGGGCGAGAACCCAACACUAAUUACGUGAUAUGUGCUGGAGCUCUAACGAUGCUCACGUCAUUGAUUUACAUCUUGUUAUGUAGACAGCCCGGCCUGCAUUCAAGAGAUCGUUGGCUGUUCAUUUGCCAGAUGCUACAGGUGGCGCUGUGCACAUAUGUGCUUUCCAGCACUCACUCCAGUCUGCAACUCAAACAAGGCCUGCCGCUCUUCAAUCAGCUCAUCAGCUGGACAACUCUGGUCUCAUCAUUUAUGGUGCCGCUGCUGAGUUCGACGCGACUCUUCCACAGGCUGCUGAGUAUUCUCCUGUCUCUCUCCAGUGUCUACCUUCUCCUGAGCACUGGGUGCGAGGCCUUGUUUCCCCCUGUACUGUCAUGGCUGAUGUUCGUGUGGAUCCAUAUGGAGCAAGAAGCAGUGGAUACACAGGGAAUGUCCAACAGAAAUGAGCUCUCACGCAUUGAUUUCUCUGAAAAUAUCGACUUAUCCAGAAUCAGGCAGUUGAGUUUGGACGAUAUCAGAAGGUCAUACUUCUUUGUAUUUUUUAUAAUAAUCGCAUUCUUUGGCACAGGAAACAUCGCCUCCAUCAACAGUUUUGAUCCAGCUUCUGUAUAUUGCUUUCUCACGGUCUUUAAUCCGUUCAUCAUGGGUGGCCUUCUGAUGUGGAAGGUCCUGAUUCCAUUCAUAAUUGUAAUGUGCACGUUCGAAAGUGUUCAAGUGUCGACGAGGCUUUCGUCACGAAGCCUUUUCCUCAUCGUGCUGGUCAUCUCUGAUUUGAUGGCGCUGCACUUCUUCUUCUUGGUAAAAAACUAUGGAAGCUGGCUAGAUAUUGGCACAAGCAUUAGUCACUACGUCAUUGUCAUGUCCAUGACCAUCUUUCUGAUGCUGCUGAGCCUGAUGACGCACUUCCUGACUUCCAAUAAACUCCAGAUUUGGCAAAAAGUGAAAGUGCACUUUAAGUGAAAAAGAGAAUGCUCUGUGUUUGGGUGGUGUUGUGGUGGCAAUGAGGUCUGUUUGACACCACAAGUACAUUUUUUCUUUUUGAGGAAAUCAGACAUGCUGACAAACACACUAUUAGGCAAUAGGAGGGGGU